AUGGAGGGCGCAGGUGAGGACGGCCAGUCUUUCAGGCCAAGAGAGCAGCUUGUGCAGAGGCCCGGAAGCAGAGCUGUGGAGCUGUGCAAGUGGAGGGCGGGAGCCCUGCAGCUGACCAGCGACAGCAAGACCUUCUGGAGGGUGGACGAGGAGCUGAGCUGGUCUGAGGCCCUGGAGUACUGCCGGCAGCACCACGCAGACCUGGCCGAGCUGCAGAGCAUGAAGGACUGCAGCAACAUCAAGACCCUCUGUUCCCUUACCAGCAGCACCGCGGCCUGGAUUGGCCUCUUCUUCCACGUGCGCCUUGGGGGCCUGAGAUGGUCCAGCGGCUCCAUCUUCGGCGUGCCAGUGUGGAGCUCGCCGCCGUUCUUCGAGGAGGGUCUCUGUGCCACUCUGUAUUGUCGCCAUUUUCCCAGCCUGGGGGCCGCCUCGUGCACUGCUCAGAAGCCCUUCAUCUGCUACUACGAUCCUGCCCUGGAGCCCCACACCCUCCUGGAACAGGCUCUCAGCCUGACCACCUCUCCAAAGCCAGCUGAGGUUCAGAUCGGCAAUCUGAACGUCAAGCGAUUUGACCAAGAAAGGAAGUGGCUGGCAGCUGUGAGGUACUGCCACAGACACCACACAGACCUGGCUGACCUGCAGACAGUGACUGAGGAGACAGACAACGAGGCCUUGAAAUCCAUCACGAGUAAGACUGAGGCCUGGAUUGGCCUCUACUUCAGUGCGGCCUCUGGGUCUCUGAGAUGGUCCAGCGACGUGGGUGCCAGCGUCCCGACCUGGCUGCAGGUGCCUGAGUUCGGGGCAGGACUGUGUGGGUCUCUCAGCUACCGGAGCUUCUCCCCCAGAAUUUCUGCAGUGGCCUGCUCUUCCCUGAAACCCUUCAUCUGCUUCGAUGACCCCACCAUGGGACACCGGGAGUCAGCAGCCCUCCCUCAGCUCUCCUACACACCCUCCUCAGAAGUGACCAUGGGGACAACGCCCAGGCCAAGUCUCACCUGGCCCAGGCCGCACCUGGCGGGGUCAGGAGGCCCUCCCUGCUUAGCCCUGUCUGCGAUGGGUGUGCAGGGCCGGGCGCGGAAGAACCGCCCGGCCGCUGCAGGGCCCUGGAGCCCCGCGAACCGCGGUCCGCCCCCCGCCCCCCCACCGGCCGCUCGGCGCAGCGGGCCCCACGGAAGCUUUCUCUCUGGCGUAGGGACCAGCGCUGGCCCCGCGCAGGGUCCGGCUGCGGCGGCGCCCCCCGGGUCUCCCACGUCCAGCCGGUCCCGCAGCGCCGAGCUUCUGGGGAUGGAAGAAAGCACCUCGGAGCCUUCCGGCUCAGGGAGCUCGGCUGGGCCCCAGAGCACAACGCCGCGCCGGGACGGGGUAGCUCCGAGCCAGGCCGCACGCCCGGAGACCGCCGGCAGCCGGCCCCAGCUUGAGACAACUGUGACCAGUGAAAGGAGUGGCACCGAUAUGACAGAUGCAGCUACUGCCACUCAGGCCCAACAUUUGAGCUCAUCUAAUCACCCAGAUUCUAAAGAAAACACUCUAGCACCAAAACCAGUGAGCCAGGUAGUACUUUCUUUUUCAGGGCAACUCUUUGGAAUCCUGAAAGCAGAUUUUCUCAUCCCAGUUCUGAUGAACCCAGAAGACAUGAAAGACCAAUUUUUGAUUUCUCUCUUUUUGAUGUUUCGGAUCCAAGAAGUCUUAAAGCUUACAUUAGGUCAUGAGCAAUUCAGAUUGAAAUGGGUUGGCUUUGAAGUAAACAAAAAAAUAGCACACGUCUACUGUGACCUGGAGUCUCCUCACACAAUUUUCUCUGGAUUUUGAGUGAAUUUUAGUUUUUAAAUUC